AAUUGAUGUUCUUCGCAACCUUUUCAACCGCUUUAAGAUGAAGACUUCCAAACCUUACCCCGCCCAUGCCCGCAGCUCCGCCCGACGGCCUCCGUGCCUCCUCCCACUCCUAGCCGGUGCGCCUCCCCUCCCCACCCCGAUCCACCUUCAUCCUCCGCCGGCGCCGCACCUCCCCUCCCCAUCCGGCUUCUUCCCAUGCCGGUACCGCACCGGCCGUUCGGCCGUCGAUCCACCCCGCCGCCGCUCUGGGCUGGCGCCGCCCCUGCCCUGCAUCGCCGCUGGCCUGGCUUCCGCGACCGGUUCCCUGCAUCGCCGCCGGCCUAGGCUAGCGCCGCCCCUGCCCUGCAUCGCUCCCGACGUAGCCGGUGCCCCCAGGAUCGCCUUCGUCGAUUUUGGAUGUGUGCGGUAUCACUGCAGUACGCUUCCGGGCGUUGCAGCAACUGUUAGCGGGCAUUGCAGAUGGUGGCAGCAUGCAGUUUGGCUGGACAUGGGUUGCAGUUGCCUGUGACGACGAGGAGGGUCACCUCUCGCUAUAGUGCAGUUUGUUUAUUUAUGUGUGAAUAAAUUUUGUUUUAUGUAUGAAGUGCAUUUCAAUUGUUAGAGAAAACUGUGAACAUCGCCGGAGGAAAAACAAGGCAUUGCCUGAUGCAGUUCGGCUGGGAGACCUUUGUGGCUCAAAACAAAAUGGAGUUCAGUUUUGCAGUGAAGUGCAUGUGUAAAAGUACAAAUGGGCUUGUUGUUUUGGAGCAUUUCAUUUUUAUUUGCAUUUUAAAAAAGUGGUUAUGC